UUCAACGUGUUGGACGCAUUCAUACCAUGAAGGAAUUGUUCGGUUUGUUGGGAUUACAAAAUUCAAUACCACACUGGAAGGUUCUUUUGUGCUUGAAUAGGCGCAGUGUAUAGGGUCGUGGGCUUGUAUAGAAACACGUAACACUAACAGGGAAUAGAAUUGACCGUGCUCGAGCGAGACUCGUCACGAGCUUGGACUGCGUUUGGGCGAAAUUACCCUUCACUUACACAGAUAAUUCUUAAGACUAGUUUUCAUGACAUGGGCAUACCGCAUCAAGUCCAAGAGGGAGAUAUCGUGGCCAAAUUCUGUGUCUUUAUCAGUGGAACUGUAAUGUGUGUUUAAUGUAAAAUUUCCAAAUUUCAAUUUGACCACCUGUGACGUUUGGAAUUUACGGACCUUCGGCAUUCCCCACAAAUAUGGCGACCAUGGAGGAUUAUUAUUACCCACCCAACUCCGGACAAGUCGAAAGUCCGGUUGUGCCAGUGUUUUUCGACCCUGGUACUACGAUUGAAAAGUGUUAUAGGUGUAAAGAAAGUGUGUACCAUGUGGAGAAAAUAGGGCCUAUAAACGGGAUGCUGUGGCACAGGGGCUGCUUCAAAUGUUCAACCUGCGGACGGCAACUCACUGUCAAAACUUUCUACACUGACAGCAGUUCAGCUGACGACAAGGAAAUUUACUGCUCCUCCCAUGCGCCUAAUUCACACGGGUCGCACGUAGAUUAUGAGGCCAUGGGUAUCAAACACGGGGUUGGGUCGCAGUUCAGGGUAAGGGAGAGCAAAAAGUUCCACAACGAACAAAUACGUGGAACAGACCCCGGGAGAGGGGCUGCUUAUGAUACUGAUGCAAUGACGAUACGGAGAGCUCUAAAUGCCCCAAAGUUGCAACCGGGCAAGCAUUUUUAUUCCGAACCAGGAAUGUACGGUAACCAAGAAGAUGUACAGAUACAAGGGGCGUUACGGGCGCAACAGCUCUCACGAGUCCAACGGCAAGCCGUCGAGAAACAUCACUUUCCAGUUUACGCGCAAAAGAAAAAAGAGAUUCUUGUCACCGCUCAAAAACAACUAGAAGCGAAGCAUCGGCUCGAGGAGGAUAAACUCUUCCUGGAGUUUCAGGAGGAGAGGACCGAAGAAACGAAGAAGGUAGACAAGGAGGUUGAUGAAGAAUGGGAAGUCAAGCUAAAGGAACUAACGAAGAAGUUCGACAAGGAAAUCUCGAAGAAGAAAACCAAGAAGUCAUCGGACGACAAGAAGUACAUGACUAUACAAUUUCAAAAAGAGAAGGAAGACCUCGAGAAGACAAUGACCUUGAAGAAGACGAAGAAGCGAGAAUACGCGACCUUAAAACUGAUAGAAAUGGAGCAGCAGGCGACCUCAACCAUGGUGAAAAAACAGAGCAAGCAGAUGUUGGGUCUGGUGGCGGCAAAGCAGAAGGAAUUGCAGAAGGAGCUCGAGAAAGAAUUGGAGAAGGAGGUCCCAGCUGAUCAGGUUGACGGUGACAUCACCAAAGAAGCGCCCCCUGUAGUCACACCAAAGAAGCACCAGCAGAAUGGUACCAACAUCUUUAUGCCGGUCACCGAUGACGACGAAACCGUGGCUCCGACCCCGAAACCUCCAAGUUGCAGCAAGAGGGAGUUGUAUGCUGAUCCUGCAGUGUUUGAAGAGUUGGACGAACGAGUUUUUAAUAUUGCUGAGAAUGAACAACAAACAUUCACCGAACUCGUAGAUCAACUGACAGAAAACUGUACAAGCGACCUUGAGAAAGUGAGGGCAAUAUUCCGUUGGAUUACCGUGAAAGACUUGAAUAUGAUGGACUUCGAUUCUAAGGGAGAGCAGCAGGAUACGCCACUCGGCCUUAUGCGUGGUAUCAAGUUUGGAACAGAGACAUAUCAUGUGCUCUUCAUGCGACUGUGCAGUUAUGCUGGUCUUCACUGUGUGGAGGUUAAAGGUCAUUCCAAGAGCGUUGGGUAUGAGCCAGGGAUGAAGAUUCGGGAGAACACCUUCUUGAAUACUUGGAACGCUGUCAACGUUGAUGGAGACUGGAGGAUGGUGCAGUGUAACUGGGGUGCAAGGCAUCUCGUCCUAAACAAGGAUUCCAACCAGCCCGCCCAGCGUUCCAAGAAAAAGAGCGACAAGAUCCGCUACCAAUACGACGAGCACUACUUCUUGACUGACCCCUGUGAUUUCAUUCUCGAAUUCUGGCCUUUUGAAUCCGAAUGGCAAUGUCUCGAGAAACCUAUAUCAAAGGAGCAGUUCGAGGCUCUACCAUUUGUGAGAUCCAUAUUCUUUCACUAUCGCAUGCAGCUGGAGACGGGCACCAAAGCUGUGGUGUUCGCCGACGAGAAGGGAGGCACCCAGCUGAAGAUCCGCAUCACACCUGAUCUAGUCAAAGAUAUUGUGUUCCACUACCAGCUCAGAUUCGCAGACGAACACAGGCGGGAACUCAAGGAAUACAAAGGAACCAAACUGGAGCGAUUCGUCUACCAAACCACCGUUGAUAACCACAUAGUAUUUAGUAUCCAUCUUCCGACAACCGGUGACUAUUUCUUAGAGGUUUUUGCAAACAAAAUCGAUGAUACUAACCGAAUCAGUGAUGAUCCUAAUGCCCCUAUGAUGCCCUUCCGCCUCAAGUGCGCCUGCAAAUUCCGCCUGAUUUGUCGAAAGAUGGUAGGCAAGAUGCAUCCAUUACCUAAUUGUGCCACUGGUGAAUGGGGUCCACUGAAAGCAAUCCGCCAUUUUGAGCUUCAACCAUUGACACACGAAACUGGCGUUGUGAAUGAAGAUAACGAGAUGGAGAUCAAACUUGGUGUAACCCGUCCUUUACAGUUCCUGGCCAAGCUCCACUGUAAUGGCAUCAACGAACAUUUGCUUGAUGAUUUUGUUGAAUUAGAAGCUGCUGAGGAUGUUUUGACAAUCAAAGUCAAACCUCCACAACCUGGUCAGUAUGGCCUUGACAUCUUUGCCAGGCCCGAAGGUGCUACUGAUGAAAACGUCACCCUAGCACACGCGUGUAAGUACUUGAUUAACUGCUCGCAUGUGGACAACCCAUCAGCUCUACCAACCCCUGAGGCACCAAGCCCGAGCAAGAUGACCAAGGACAAGUGGGGGCCGAUGGCAGCCUUUGCAAUCCUUGGGCUCAAGGCGACUUCACACCCUGAACCAAGAAUCCGCACUACCACCAAGGAUCCUUUAGUUGUGGAGAUUUCCUUUAAGUUCCCUGUCCUUCUUGCUUAUCAUUUGCUCAGAGAACAAGAUGAAGACCAUCACGAGAAUGUCAGCAUUCAUGUCAAUGAGGAGAAAAAAGUGGCACGCUUCACCAUCACUUUGACUAAGCCUGGAAACUACUUAUUCGCGCUGUACGCCAAGGAGAAAAAGAAUUCCGAGAAGAACAUGGCUAAUAUAUACAACUACAUGAUCUCGCAUAUGACCGAUUCAUCUCACUCACCUGCUUCAUCUGCUUCUUCGACCAACAGCCGUAGUCAACCACAGCCUCAGAGGCACCCUUCUGAUGACAAAAAACGUUCAUCGGAAGAACAUAGGCGACCUUCGGGAGACCCUCAAAGGCGUCCCUCGGGAGACCCACAAAGGCGUCCCUCGGGAGAACCUCAAAGGCGCCCUGAAGAGAGAAAAGAUUCAAAACAGGAAUCUAAAGACAGUAACUCUAAGAGCAAAGGAAUGUUUUCACGAUUCUCAAAGAAAAGCUAGAUACUGAUCAAAAAGAUUAAAUCUGAUCAAAAAGAUUGCGAUCCUUUCCCCUCUGCACAAUCUGUGUUUUUGGCAAAGUUGGAGAAAUCAUUGAUAGUCCCAGGUAACUGGUCACGCCACCGUUCUCUGCUUUUGUGCGGCGAUUAACCCUCACAUCGAAUUGGGAUACGUCGAACAGACCUGUUUGUGGAUAGCUGUUGUCAUUAGGGGAAGAAGUUUCUUGGGUCUGUGGUGAACCUCAAGUUCGCCUUUAAAUCAAUGUGGAGUCGGGGUUGAACUGAGACCCACUGCGUUCGGACAUGUUGGUGUCAACUUGUCUUGUUGCAGUUAAAUUGUGUUGGUGUGAGAGGAGAAAGCGGAGCUGAAGAUCAUAACCAGCUCUGAACCAUAAAAUGAAGAUUCUUGGUCAUGCAUGAUCGUAACCCAGGUCUUGCUAAUCCUCUCUUGCGCCAUCACUAGUUAGGUGUAAAGUUUGUGGAAGGUAUUGUGGUGUAAAUAUCGAGUAAUCUUGGAAUAAAAAAGCUGCGCUACAUGGCAAUUGGGUUUUCCAAGCCGAUUUUUGGUUCAGGAACCAACAUUUGUGAUGUUUAUCGUGAUGUGCAAAAAGCAUUUUUAGCAUCUCGAUUUUACCGAAGGAAUAGUGAUAUUGUUCAUUUAUAUCAACACGACUUUGUAAUUUUUUGAACAUUUUUGUAUGCUAUAAUCAUAAAGUUAUGAUGUAAAUAGGGCAUUAUCCACAUGUUCAAGGCAGUAGGCCAACUGCAAAAGUUUUUAAUUACCUUUCUGGUAUUUGAUAUGGCAUCAUGCACAGAAAAAUUGUAUGCGUCGUUCGUUUAUUCAUUAAGCACUUCUCAAACGAGCCAUUUCCUUCGAUUAUGAUCACAUGCAACAAAGAUGUCUUGUUUUGCUGCGAUCAAUAUCAUCCACUUUUCUUAUUUGAUUAUCUGUUUGUAUGAUGAGGAGUUAAAACACCACUCGCUCGUAUUAACCUUGCGUGAUUUUAAAGCAAGGUGUGGCCGAUUUUGUGUAUAUAUCAUUUCAGUACCCUCAGCAUCAGCUUGAAGAUCACGCAGUGAAGCUCCGUGAUAACUAGUCCAAAGAUAUUUUCUAACACGUAUUGUAACUUAUAUUUCUAUACAUGUACAACGUAACAAGGGGGAAACGUGGUCGUAGCUGCGACGAGGAUUAGCUAAAUGGGGUGGGGAGGGGGGGUCUGGUCAUGCAGUCCUGGAUUAUAUGGCAACUUUAACGAUUCGGUGCAUUUAAAAAGCGGCACAGUAGGUGCCUAUUUAAUAUUUCUAGUGUUGGUGAUAAUUACCCCAAUCAAGGUAUCUGACGUACACUUCGCUUGAAAGCGACCAGGUUGUCCUAAAGUAGUGAUCCUCAAUACAUUUUGUAUAUACCGUAUCAUCUAAGUUUUCUAGACUCCCGUCAACUCCCGUCCAAGUCCAAUCAAAAGCUGAACUGCUGUUAACCGUCAAAACAUCAUCUAAUAGCUUUAGCUGAGACAACACCAUUUCGUUGUUUGGCUCAAACACAUGAUGUGAAUAUUUCAUUUUAUAGAGAAGAUUGAUAUAUCAAUGGCGCCUUGUGUAUUCCACUGUAAUCUGUUCAUACGGGUGACAUUAUUUGUAACAUUCCAUCAUUAUAUCAAAAUAAACUAACUAAUCAUCAA